UGGUCAACGCACGCAUCGGUUUCGUGUAAUAGGGGCUGCUGAUAUAUGUACAUACUGUACAUAGCGGACAGUGGCGUGACAGAGCAUACGGGCGUCCCAGGCGGCGAACGCGAUGAGUUCCGGUGGUCGCAGCUCGACCAGGAGCGCGGGCCGCUCCAAGGCGGAGCGCGGCCCGGGCAGGGAGGCCAGGCCGGCCGCCGACCCGGCCGCGCCGCACGACAAGCUCAAGCCACACACCAACGCCAAACCGAGAGAAGAUAAAAUGUUCGAAGACAAAAUCAGCCAAGUGAUACAGCUCACAGGCAAAACAAAAGAUGAGGCAGAAAUCGCCUUGUUCGACUGUGAUUACGACCCUACGAGAGCUAUCAACAUGCUCCUGGAAGGUGACGAUCAGGGCGAGUGGGUGGAAAAGACGAAGAAAAAGAAGCUGCCAAAGCCGGCGCCGGCCGACCAGAAGGUGCCAGAGGAGAGCGCAGGCCCCAAGGAGGAGGAGCGGGACCGGGACAGGGAUCGGGACCGGUCCCGCAGCCGGGGCGGUCAGCCCCCGCGACUGCGGCGGGGCGCCGCUCAGGACAGGAGCUGGAAGGCGCGAGAGAGCCGGGAGAACGAGAAGAACGCGGCGGACGGCGGCGACGGCGAGGGGCGGCCACGCUGGGCGGGCCGCGGCGGCGGCGCACGCGGCGGCCGUGGCGGCCGGCGCGGUGCGCUGGGCUCGCGCAGCUUCCAGACGCGCCGCGGCGACGACUUCGCCGCCAUCGACACCUGGACGAACCCGGGCGACGAGCGGGGCGGCCGCGGCCGCAGCCGGACGCAGCCCGGCGGCGGCUGGGACCAGGGCUUCCCGGCCGCCGACGACUGGGACAACGAGGAGUGGGGCGGCUCGCUCACCGACACCAAGGUGUUCACGCCCAGCGCGCCCGUGCAGCCGGCGGCGCCCGCGGCCGGCGACACGCCGGUGUCUAGCACGCCUGCGCCGCCGCCCGCCUCCACACUCGGCCCCAGCCUCGACCUAAGGGCACUGCUCGGCAAGGCGCCCGCCGCCGGCGAGGCCGGCGGCGACGCGCCGACGUACUCGCAGUUCGCGGCGACGCCGGCAGAUGGGGGACGCUGUCUGAGCUACUCGUCGGGGUACACGUCUGACAGUUUCGCGAGCCAACUCAAGUCGUCGCUGGCGCCGUCGGAGCCGGUGUCCACGGCCACCAGCAUGUCGCAGUCGUUGCCGCAGAGGAGCAAAGUACAAAAGCCGCGGAUGCAGCCGCCGUCCAAGAUUCCGGAGUCGGCCGUGGAGAUGCCCGGCGAUCCCGUCUCGUCGCUGGGCGUCAAGUUCGGCGGCCUCGACUUCGGCACCUCCGACAGCAAGCCGUUUCAGACGCCGGACGGCGACGCGGACGCCUUCUCCUCGGGCGUGGCGUCGUCCGCCCGCGCCCCGUAA